UUCUUCAAACAAAUCAAGUUGUAACAUUCUAUAAUAUUGUCUCCUCCAGUCCUCCUCUCCUCAUCCCUAACCAAAACCAAUUCUGUUCUUUUGAAUCUGCCAAAAGGAAAAGAAAAAGCUACUAGCCUCUCUCUGCAAAAUAUUUAAAGACCUUAUCCAUUUCUGUUUCUUGGGAGACUGUAUCGGUUAUUUAGUUUUGCAAAAUUAUAUAUGGAGAAGGCAAAGCAAGUAGUUGGUUCAUCUUCUUCGUCGUCCUUCACUAAUGAUCUGUUUGGUCCCAAAGAGCCCUCAAACCCGUCGCUAUUUGGUUCCGUUUUUGGUUCACCUUCCACGGGACUUAGAAGAGAUCCCAUUCAAGCUGGGGAUAGAAGUUCAUCAAAAACCCAAUAUCCAGGGAACCAGUACUAUGGCAAUGCAAAAUAUGGAACUUCAGAUAAUGGAUCUAAAAGAGGCAUGGGAGAAUAUGUUUAUUGUCCAACUACUACCCAGCCAACUGGCUCUCAGAGUAAUAUUGUGAAGAAAGAUGAUGGAGGUGAUGGUUCAAACUCUGCUUCAAGAGGAAAUUGGUGGCAGGGAUCACUAUACUACUAAGGCCUUGCCUUUGUCCAUGUAAAUCUCCUCUGUAAUUACUUAGGAGAUAAGAGAUCAAAGCAUUUUCUUUUAGAUGAACUAAGCCAAGCUUGUACAUGAGUUAAUCCUCCUUGCAGUUGCUGAAUUUCUCUUGUAUUUAUCUAAUUAAUAUAAAUCCAACUAACUAAUCUUAACACUUA